AUGGUUCAGUUCGCCCAGAUCGUGCUUGCCUUCGGAUGCGCAGUCUCGACACACCAUGCCUGGGCAAGACCGCUCGCCUCCUCGUCAGCUACAAAAGGUGCCGGCGUUCUCGGGUCGUUGCCACUAUUCAAAGACGUGCCAUGGGGUCAGUUUGGUCCAGCAGCAAAGCAAGCUGGAGCGGGUGCAGCGGGGAGCGACAAUAUCACCGAAGACGCCUCCGGUCUCGCACCUGCCCUUGCCCCCGGCGUGCAAAACUCGCUCGGUGAAGGGUUCGACCCUCAAUUCCUCACCGUCACGCGCAACGGCAAGCCCUUCUACUUGGUGACGGACGUCGACUUUGGACUCAACGUGUUCUUGCGCGCCAGCUACGACCUCAACGACAUCUACCGCGACGAGUCCAAGAAGCACACCAUCCACCAUUAUCCCAACACGACGUAUCCAGAUGGCGUAGGUACCGAAGCAGCCGACAUCGUGCGGUACGGGGAAAAGUUCCUUUACACAGUCUCUGCGAUUGCAGACGAUACCAUGCGGGCGCUCAUCUCGACCACCGAUGACCCGCUGGGCGAGUACACCGAUUUGGGCCGCAUCCUGGGCCAAGACGGAACGCCACUAACAGGCUACGACCCACACGUGAUCGUCCACCCGAACGGCAACUCGUACCUCACCUGGUCCAACCACGAGUUCGUCCAAAUCGUUCAACUGCAGAACGGAGCCCCCUCGCGCGCCGUCAGCCCCGUCAGCAACCUCGUCUCGUACGGCGUCAACACCGAAGCGCCCAGCAGCUGGAUCUUUGACAACAGAAACAACGGCUCGCGUACCCUCAACCUCAUGUACGCCGAAGGCAACUACUACCAGUCCAACUACAACACCCGGCUGUUGUAUAUUGACGUCGCUCAAGACCCGCUCGAUCCCCGCCAGUGGUACCAGCGUGCGCAACCGAUCCUGGCGUCGGACAGCAGUCAGGGCGUCUACGGCCCUGGAUCGGGAAGUCUGUUUACGGGUCCGGACGGCGAGGCGUGGUGCGCGUAUGGAGCGUUUGCUUCGCGUGAUGGUGCGGACGAUGGUAAGAACGAGAGGUACGUGAGGGUUCAGGUGGCGCAACCGGAUGACAAGGGCGUGUGGUUGCCGACCCAGGUGAUUGCUGCUCAGCAGUUGGACUGA